AUGGACGAGCACGACGGCCCCCGAGGCGAAUACGCCGACAUGAGGGCUCCUGCGUCUGCCGUGGCCCAUCUUGUCAACGACUUCUCAACAUGGGAGCCUGUCUCACGUGCCACAUCGCCAGGUGCAGCUGCGUCCUGCGCCAACGGGCGUUCUAGUCCCACAGACGAAGAUCCGAAGCGAUACCGCCCCCGCACGUUUGCCUACUUCAAGCAGCUGCCAUUCGACGUCGAAGCCGAGAGCGAGCGCGACGCAGCACUGGAAGAGAUCCUAAAGCAACUGUACAUCGCCGUCAAAGCGGAAGACUAUAGCCCGGGAGCUGUACAUUGGACCAGAGAGCUGCAGGCAUGGAUCAACCUCAAGUUCGAGAUGACAAGGGAACAGAGAGUCACCUUGACGAAGCUAUACUACUCUCUAACUCUCACCCCGGGCGUGGCAACGGCAACUUCCGACCGGUUCGCCCGUAUGGUGUCUUCGUUAACGCGCAAAACCCACUAUCUCAAGCCCGUGGAGGAUCUCAUUCUCGACUGGCGACCGCUGUGGGAAGAAGUCAAGCCCACCCUAUUCCAGUCAGAGGCGGGAACUCAACAGGCUGCACUACGCAAAACGGGCAAGACACUCAUGAAGCUUUGUUAUCAAGCAUGCACGUACUUCGAUCCUCAAGAACGCAGGGCUAUGCUGGACGAGUUUCUACCGUUUUUCAGCACUAACGAGCUGUCCAACGCCUACAUUGUCUUUUCGUUACUCAUGACUCUGCUACCGAGCUCUCCAGCACCAGAAGAGAACAGGGAAUGUCAACCAGCCGAGAUCUUCCCCACCAUCUUCCACCUAUGGUCGCUUGUGAAUCGAUCCAAGUCUUUUGAUGCCAUGUCAAUCGACCUGUUCUCGCGCUUCGCGCGUGAUCAUCUCCAUUGCGAGCACGUACCCUUUGGCCGCCAUGGUAUAUUCACAAAGGAGCAAUCCGAUGUUCUUUUCUCCGCCGUCUUGCGGUUGACAGGGAUUCCUGUUGGGCAAGCCGGCUCGCCAUACUCCACAUUGGACUACCUGGCUGGUGCAGCCAUGUACCUAGAGAAGGACCGCAAAAAGUAUCCCAUAGCGCACUCCAUGGCCAGACUCAUUGUCAUGUCACUGUCUCCUCAAUGCCUGGAUGGCGAGGACUCUGCCAUGGCCAGCUUGGAGGGUCUUCUGGACAGUAUCGAGACGUUCUUCCAUCCAUCGAAUCAGGGUGGCUGGACCACAUUCCUCGGUCAGCUUACGCUAUAUCUCUCUCAAAGUUUCCUGUCCAGAUGGAACAGCGAGCAGAAUGGGGAAUCAAGCACCCCAGACGACCGCAGAAUCAAUGAACCUCUGAAGAAGCGUUUUGUGACUUCUCUGAAGGAGGUGACUUUCAUGGGCCUGUUCUCCAAGAGUUCCAAAGUCGCUGUAUACUACUACGACACGUUGCAAAACCUUGCCUUUUUGGAGCCGGACAUUAUUCUUCCUGGAGCUCUGCAGCGUUUCUACCCUAGUCUGCAAGGCCUCGUUGAGGUCCACCGCACGACCUCGAGUCUGAACGGGCUCCAGAUGAUCGCCAAUGUCAUGUCAAGAACCAAAGGCUACCGAUGCCACCUCACUGCGUUGAUGGCUCUAGCCUUACCCGGUAUUGAUGCCAACGAUCUUCACAAGACCCAGAUCACCCUGGCGUUUCUCCAGAGCGUGGCUUACAGUAUACCAAUGUCGUCUCUGACGAGGCCUGACGAUCAUAUUCAUGGUACAGACCUGGCGAUGCAAUGGGUUCAGGGCGAGAUGGAGCGUUUUGAGCGCGAAGGCCAGAAUGUGCAGGUCGAUUAUGAAACCGAGCUGAGUGACGAGGAUGAAGCAAAUAUCCUGCGGUCCUCCACAGCUGGAUUUGGAGAGUUCCUUGUGACUCUGCUUGGAAAAGUGUUUACGCUGUUGGAAAACCUCCCUGACGCGAAUCAGAGCCGAGGUGGAACCCCUGAGGACAGCGUCAUCAACGCACUACCCGCAGCGCUGUCGCCCAUCUUCUCCUCUUUGUCACCAGAGUUGUUCGACCUCACCCUCGAGAAGCUGGCGGCAUUCGUAUCCAGCCAUGUCAUCCAUCAAGCACGAGAUGCGAUGGCCUGGACAGUGAACGUCCUUUGCAAGGUCAACCCCGAGAAGUGCCUCAAGGUAUUCAUUCCCAUGUUGAUAGUGAAUAUUCGCAACGAGAUCGACCAGAACCACGCAGCCUCGGACCGCACCACGGGAACAGACUAUCUCCCCCGCGAUCGCGCUCUUGUGUGGCACGUCAGCAUGCUUGGCAUGGUCGUUGUUCAUGUCGGCCGCGAGGUUUUGACGUACAAGAACGACUUGAUUGAGAUUGCAAAGUACAUGCAGGCGAACUGCCGAGGCCUGCCCACCAUGGUCGUCUGGAAUUUCAUUCACCACUUGCUUCUGAACCUUACGACCGUCUACUCCAUCGACCAUGCACUCUACGAGCCCGAGGACGUUGCCCGAGGUUUGGACAUUGGUGACUGGGGCCGCACCACUUCACCUGCUGAUCUCACGAUCAAGUGGCACCAGCCCUCGCCUCCUGAGAUCGAGCUUGCCGUGGAGCUGUUUGAAUCGCAAACGCGUGCCGCGACGGAACAAAUGAAUCUUCUGAUGAGCGAUAACCCGCCUGUGAGCCGUACGGGGAGGAACAAGGAGUGGUCCGAUGAGGUUUCACGGAUCAUGCAACAGAUCAGGCUGAACAUCUCAGGCAUGGCUGCCUUAUUCGAUCCCCGCCGGGCUGCGACAGAUUCCGAGGACAUUGAGAUGAACCAAGCCACCGACGACGUGGAUACAGUUGACGACGACCCGUUGGCCGAAGUCGCCGAAGACGAGGAACUCCGGCCGCAGUUUUACUACAAGGCUGGGUACGCUCUGAAGCCCAACGACGAGGUAUACAAGAAGAUACAUGGUCUCCGAGAAGACAUUGGCAACCUGCUGUCUCAGACGCACGCUUUCCUGUGUCAGCACCAGGAAGACGACGUAGCCAGCUUCACCUCGCUCUACAGCGCCUACCGGAACUGGAUUACGGACGUUGGGAUUGAGAGGUCUGCCCGCCCUCUCGACAGACAUUGGCGCAUCUACAAGGCCGACAUCUCUCCUUUCAGAAUCAAGGGCCUACGGAAGGCAUACCCACGCCCGCUUCUUAUAAAGCGUGCUGAGGCUUAUCAGCUGAUGCGCAUGAAGCACAACGCCACAACGAGGCACAAGAGCGAGCUGGACAAGCGCCUGUUGCUCGAUCUAGCGGAGUCCAGCUUGUCACUGUAUGCGGAUGUGCGAAGGACAGCCCAAGGUGCGCAAGACGCCUCGUUGAGGGUGUUGAUCGGCGGCAGGCCAAUUGUGAUUCCUGUGCUUAUCGAGGCCUUCCGCAAGGCUCUGCGAGACGUCGACCAUGAUCGGAUCAAAGGCGCCAUGUACACCCUUCUGCACACAUCUCUGCUGCGAACUGUUGUCAAAGACUGGAGGUUCGCACCCGAUGUCAUGCGCCUCUUCAUUGAAUCGGCCAGCAUCGACAAGGAGUCUAUUCAAAAGCUGGGCUCUGGCUCCGUUUACAACCUCAUCUCGUUCGGCCGACCAUUUGAGCGGCUCAUCGUUCUCGAUGAAGCAGUUCUCGACACCAUCAAGCCCACUGAGGAUGUUGCCAGCAUCAUCAGCAGGCGCCACAACUUCAUCAUGCAGCGACGCGCGCAGGUUGAGGAUGCCAAGGCCGAUCUAGGCUUAGAGCUUACGCGAAAGGCCAAGAGUGCCCAUUGGAAGAUCGCUGGUCGAUGUGCACUUUUCGCAACGAACCUCUGCUGUCGCUUCAACACUAUUGCACCGAGUGAAUUCGUGGAUCUGGUCGCCGAGGGCACAAAUGACACCCACCCUACUCUUCGGAGUCAUCACCUCCAGGCAUUCACAUCGGUGUUUACGAUUAUUGACAUGCGCGCGGCUUAUGGGCACGACUACCGCAACUAUCUGCUGGGGAAAGAAGUGAACGAACAGCAGAUGCUCAAGGUCAAGGUCGAGAAGGGCGAUGAGGCUUUCACCCAACGCUACCUGGAAGCGUUCAGCCACCCCGAAGGUGCUGAAUACAUGGUCGACUGUGACUAUCCGGGCUGGCUUGUGUGGGGGGACGAAUUCACUGCUGCCAAGGCGAAACCUGCACCCUUUGAAUGCUACGACGACACGGAAAACGCGGUUCGAGAUCAAAUCGGCAAGAUCCUCAACAAACAGUGGUUCUCCAAGUUCUUUGCGUAUUUGAAACAAGAGCCCAAAGACUCUACAUAUGACCGCUACCGACUCAGCAAUGUGUGGCUCCUGACGCACUGCUUCGACCUGGCCAACUAUGGCAAGACAGCCGCCACGGUGGAGGAGAUUCAGGAGUUGACCAAGGAGCUGUAUGGAGACGGCUCCGACAAGCACGAGCACCGCGCUGCCUCGGAGAUCUUGGGUGCCAUGCUCACUGGCUCUUGCGAUGAUCCUCCCGAGAUGCGCAACCGCGUGUGGAACUUUGCCGCGCCUAUGCUCCUGAAGAUCAUUUCUGAGCAGUUGACGCCCGAGAAUGUCACGUACUGGCUGACCAGUCUGCACGUGCUCCUCGAGAGUAGGGACCCGCGUCGAUGCCACGAGAUCUUUGAUGCUCUGAAGAGCUUCCGACUGGACAUGACGAGCAAUGCUGCCUUCAAGGAGUCGGCCAAGAUCCAGCUGCUCGAGUUCGCCACCAACGAUGGAGGGUGGCGCUUGCAGGGGAUGGAGCCCAAUCUCCAGGACUUCCUCGCCCAUCUGGAUCACCCAUACAAGGCCGUGCGAGAAGCCAUGGGCCGAGUCAUUGCUACGAUCUACAAGACCCGGUACCACGAAUCAUUCCCCAACGUGACAGAAUUGGUGCGAAAGAACAGGGAGUCGUCGUCCAUUGGUCUCCGGCCGUACAAGCCAACGCAGAAAUUUACCGAGACCAUUACCGGCGUGUUCCAGCAGCUUGAGCAGUGGCGCCACGAGCGAGCGCCCGGACAGCAAACUCCGUCGUCCUACACUUCAGCUUCCAAAACAGUGCUUAUGUGGCUUGACUGUACGCUGCAGUCGCAAGAGUGCAUUCAGCUCGCAGAGUUCUUCCCGGAGCCCUUUAUGGAGCAGCUGUUGCACAUGAUGGAUGUGAAGGAGGAUCCUGAGCUUAUGCGCACGGCAUACCACGUUUACCGCCAUCUACCCAACAUCCCCCUGCGCGACGGCGAAGACGUCAAGUUCAUUGAUGCCAUGGUGCGCAUAGGUAGGACAGCUUCUAGCUGGCACCAGCGCCUACGUGUUCUUGUCAACAUGCAAGUGAUCUACUUCCGGCGCAUCUUCUUGACCCAUCGGGACCAGCGUGACAAGUUGUUCACCGCCGUGUCUGACAUGCUCAGUGACUCGCAGAUUGAGGUGCGCACUAGUGCCGCCAGCACCCUCGCAGGCAUGAUCCGCUGUUCGCCGCGUGUCAUCCGGGACGCCAAGAUUACGGAACUCAAGGACCGGUUCGAGGAAGAGCUACGGCGCAACCCUAUGCCCAAGCGCCGUGCGCCGGGUACAGAGACGCCCGUGAACCACAACCAGCAGGUCACGCGGCGACACGCUGCUGUGUUGGGUCUGGGUGCGUUGAUAGAGGCGUUCCCGUACGCAACGCCUCCGCCAGAGUGGAUGCCAGAAGUACUGGCGCUGCUCGCUCGUCGCGCGGCCGGCGACCCUGGCACUGUUGGUAAAGCAACAAAGACCAUUCUAAGCGAGUUCAAAAAGACGAGGCAGGAUAGCUGGACGGUCGACCAGAAGUACUUUACAUCGGAGCAACUGGAGGAUCUGGAGGGUGUCCUGUGGAAGAGCUACUUUGCGUAG